GCCGCAUCGUACAGCUGGGUGUAGCCACCAAGUUUCACUAAUCUAGGAAAUAAUUGCCCUUCACAGUGGUUAAGCGUUAUCUUUCCUCACCAAUAGUCUAAUUGGUUUCAUUGCUGGACUAAUGUAGCUUUGGCAUAUUACACGUCCUGCCCAAACAUCUAUAAAAGCAUUUAGGUACUGAACUACAGGCACAGAGCAACCAGAAGAGUUACUGUUGAAGACAAGUCCUUAUACUCUAUAACUUUUUACUGCCUUAAAGAGAGAUGCUACCCUUUUUAGUUGUCACAGUUCUAGCCCUUCUCGCGCCACAGCUCACCAAUGGCUCUCCAUACAGUAGGAUGCGCCGCUCCCUGGACGAUCAACAAUGUCCCCCUGGGGUGUGGGGAUGUAAACGUUCUAUUGAUACUAUAAAUGAAGAUCAACAAUGCCCCCCAGGAGUUUGGGGUUGCAAGAAAAAUACAAUUGAGACCGAGGCCUCCAGCGAUCAACAGUGUCCGCCAGGAGUCUGGGGAUGUAAACGAAGUCUAACCAAAUUCUUUAGACAUAUGUACAAAAAGAAGCAUUCAUCAGGCAGACGAUCUCUCAUAGACGACCAACAGUGUCCCCCGGGGGUCUGGGGAUGCAAGAAAGACGCAAUCGAGACUGAGGCCUCCAGCGAUCAACAGUGUCCGCCAGGAGUCUGGGGAUGUAAACGAAGUCUAACCAAAGAUUCAUCUGCAGUUAGAAGGAAACGAUCUGUCGAAGACAAGCAAGAUCAACAGUGUCCUCCUGGUGUUUGGGGAUGCAAAAGAGACGUAAUUGAGACCGAGGCCUCCAGCGACCAACAGUGUCCGCCAGGGGUUUGGGGUUGCAAGAAAGACACUAUCAAGGCUUCUGACGAUCAACAAUGUCCACCAGGAGUCUGGGGCUGUAAGAAGGAUAAAAUUGAAAUUGAGGCCUCCAGCGACCAACAGUGUCCUCCAGGAGUCUGGGGCUGCAAGAAGGACCGCAUUGAGUCCAAGGCUUCCGACGAUCAACAAUGUCCACCAGGGGUCUGGGGCUGCAAGAAAAGAAGUGUUGUCUAACCGGAACUCAAUCCUUUAGGUUCCUUGAUAGGAAAGAUGAUAAUAAAAAUAUUUAAAAAUGAACUUGAAAUAAAGAAAGAAACGACAAAAUCCCGAAAAUUUUUCUUCAUGGUCACCCAAAAAGAUGGUUUAAAAAUUCCUUUAAAAAUAUAUACAAAGAUUAUCAAGAUUAGAAAAAUCAACAAAUUGUGAACGGAAGCUGGGAUGUAAUCAAAUCAUCAACACAGGGUCCCAAGUUUAAACAUAACGCUGUCUUUACUCAUCAGUUGUGAUUGCCUCGUCAUGUUGAAAACAUGUAAGAAUAGUUACAAAAUGGUCCAAAAUAAAAUUAAUUUGAAAGGAAA